AUGGGUUUUAGCAAAAGAUCGGAUGACGUAAAAAGAAGAGAUGGGGUUGUCUUUAUGCGACGUUGGGUGUGUUCUAAUGAAGGAUAUAGACGAAAAGAAUACUUGAACAUGCCUAAUCGCAAAAAGAGACCCAAACCAAUCACAUGCACGGGGUGUCAGGCAGCCCUGAGAGUGGUUCGUUUGAAAGAUAACAACAUAUGGUUGGCUAGAGUAUUCAGCUACGAACAUAAUCAUGACAUGGUAUCUGUUGCAGAGUUGCAAUUCCUCAGAUCAAACAGGGAGGUGUCUGAUGGUUUGCCUGCACAAGUUCGUUCAAUGAGCUCCAUUGGUAUUAAGACAUCCCAAAUUAUGUCACACGUCGCCCUGCAGUCCGGAGGAUACGAGAGAAUACUGCUGACAAAGAAAAAUAGACUCGCCAAUGUAUUCUGGGAGGACGAAACUUCAAGAAAUGACUAUAUUGCUUUCGGUGAUGUAAUUGCAUUUGACACGACAUACAUGACAAAUACUUACAACAAGCCAUUAUUCAUUCUAAUGGGUGUGAACCACCACUUCUCCACUUACGUUUUCGGGUUUGCUUUGUUAGUGGAUGAGACAGUGACAACUUACUCGUGGAUGCUAAGAGUAUUCCUAAGGUGUCAUAACAACAAAAAACUAUUAGUUGUUCUCACAGAUGGAGAUAAUGCAAUGCAGGGAGCAAUGAGGGAGAAUCUGCCAGAAUCGACACACCGAUUAUGUGCUUGGCAUCUCACAAAAAAUGCAUUUAGAGCUUGGAAUGAUCCAGGGUUCACAAAAGGUUUCGUUGACUUAAUGUAUACAUACUACUUGGAGGAGGUGUUUCUAAACAAAUGGAAUAACUUAAUUGAAACUUAUCAAAUGGAGGACAGUGAAUGGUGCCAAUUACAGUGUAUCCGGAGGCGUAUGUGGGCAGAAACCUACCUCCACGGUCAGUUUGUUGCCGAAAUGAGAACAACACAACAAUGUGAAUCUAUGAAUUUUUGCUUUAAAAAAAUUCUGUUGAAAAGAUACACCCUACGAGAGUUUAUUACAGCAAUAGACCUGGCAGUUACAAAGAUGAGGCACAUCGAGAGGCAACAUGACUACAUGAGCAAGCACACACUCCCCCAGCUCCCAGAUCAAACAGAUGCACUAAGGAUCUAUUAUGAACAGUGUUCCAAAUUCUACACUUGA